AUGUCUUCAAGACAAUUGCUACCUGAUGAACAUAUAGUGCGUUUGUUAUUACAAGAGGAAGAUUUCAGUGCUUCGGAAGAAUUAUCUUAUAGCGAAACUGAAGAUAAUCUGGAGGUGGAUGCUAUUGAAAGUGAUAAUCAGACAGAAGAGUCUUCCGGUUCUUCCGACGAUGAAGUUGUUCAAGAGCAGAUUUCUCCUGCUGCGGUUGAUGAUGUGCUGGAACCACAAACACCUCAUCCACCUCCAGAAGUGAGCUCGGGUAAAGAUCCAAGUAUAUUGUCCUUCUCAACAAGCACGGUCCGCAGUCGGUCUCGCCAUGUUUGGGCAACUAACAAAGGGCGUUCUUCCAACACAACAGCAGCAAUAAAUAUUGUACGUAUUGCCAGGGGACCUACUCGCGCACUAAAGGAUAUUGUCGAUCCAGUAUCGUUAUUUGAUCGGUUCAUGACUGACCAGAUAAUAGAUGAGGUUGUAAAAUGGACAAACACAGAGAUUGCGAUAAAAAAACAGACCUAUACGCAAAUAACUUCUACGCAAAAUGACUCUGGCAAAGAGGAGAUCAGAGCUCUAUUGGGUAUCCUGGUGUUAAGUGCAGCUCUGAAAGACAAUCAUCUGACCCUUGAUGAACUGUUCAAUACAGAAUAUUCUGGUACAAGAUAUGUAUUGUGUACGAGUAAAGAGAGGUGCGAUUUCAUUCUGCGAUGUCUACGUUUCGACGAUAAAACAUUUCGCUUACAACGGCAAAAAGACGAUCCCUUUACGCCCAUAAUGGAAUUGUUUAUGGUUCAGUGCCGUCAAAAUUAUGUUCCUGGAACAAAUGUUACCAUAGAUGAGCAGUUGCUGGCAUUCCGAGGGAGGUGCAAAUUCCGGAUGUAUAUUCCGAAUAAAACCGCUAAGUAUGGAGUCAAGUUAGAAAUGAUGUGUGACAGUGGCACAAGGUAUAUGCUGGACUGUAUGCCGUAUCUUGGAAAAGGAACCUAUACAGGUGGUUUACCUUUAGGAGAGUACUUUGUACAGGAACUUACUCGCAGUAUACACGGCACGAACAGAAACGUUACCAUGGACAACUGGUUCACCUCAGUACCACUUGCAAAACAGUUACUUCGACAACCUUACAAAUUAACAAUUGUGUGGACAUUACGAUCUAAUAAAAGAGAAAUCCCGGAUGAAUUAAAAAACCACAGAACGAGUAAUGGAACCAGAAGGGUCAAUACGUCAAUGUUCGUGUAUGAUAGACCCAUUACACUUCUUUCGUACAAACCUAAACCUUCGAAAAUGGUUUACAUGCUUUCUUCUUGUGAUGAAGAGGCCUCAGUCAAUCCAGAAACAAAAAUGCCACGCUUGAUUGAAUUCUAUAAUAAGACAAAAGGUGGUGUAGACACAUUUGACCAAAUAUGCUCAAUAAUGUCAUGCAGCAGAAAAACUAAUCGUUGGCCAAUAUGCGUCUUCUAUGGAAUGAUGAAUAUAGCAUGUAUCAUUAGUUACAUAAUUUACUGCCACAAUGCUUCUGUACAGGGUCAAAAACUAAUGAACCGUCGUGACUUUAUGAAGAAAAUGCAAUCGAAACUUGUAGAACCAUGGCCGAAAAUGCGACUGGAAAUUCGUACCAUACCAACGCAUAUCAAGAAUAAAAUCACAAAUAUAUUAGGUUCAGGGCACGAUGAAGGUCAAGGUCAGAGUCAGCCAUAA